AUGUGUUCUUCAGAACAUGGUGACGAUUGGGAUCUACCGUGCUCCGAUGACGAGCUUUCCAAAUCUGGAGUUUUUAUUGGCAAAAGCUGGAUGCCCGACCCGAAUGAAUUGGAAGAGCUUUACAAAAACAUCGACAAAAACGGGACUCUGAAUCUUGAAUGGAAGUGUCCGGGGAGAAGGGCUCCUUCUCCCGUCCCUGUGAGCAAAGAAAACCAACCAGAAAUGCCGGUGUCUCCAAUUAGAGAAGAAAAAUCUGACUUCGAUUUCAUGGAUGAAGUAAGCUCUUUGCGAUUGCGGGUGCGGAGAGACGGGGAAGACACACUACGAGGGUCAGCUAAGAAGAAGACUACGUCAUUUGAUGGUAUCCUAUCGAACAUGAUCAGACAUAAACGCAUUGAACAAAUGGAGAAGCAAGCUAACACUCCUUCAAGUACUUCCUGA